GCAAGCACGGUAAGAUCAGAUUUUAGCUGAGGAUAAGUUUUUUUUUUUUUAUAUAAAAAAAGUGUUUUAUCAUGAGUUAUUUGAUAAAUCAAAUAUAUCACACUCGUUCUGUGUUAUACUUCUGUAGCUUGCUGUUGAAGUUAUUCACAAUAUGUGUACAAUAAAGCAAUUGGCAAUAGAAAAAGAAGUGUUACGACAAUUUUCUGAGCUUAUUCAUGAAGUAUUUAUGUUGGUCAAUCGAAUAUUAUACAGAUAUAAAUUUUUGAUUAAUCUUUUUCUGUUAUAGAUUGUCUUGGAAAUCUUCGAUAAUACAUGCAAUAGCAUAUGCCAUGUUCUGGGCAUUAGAUCCAUACAUUAUGGCAUUUUUGUAUUGGCGUGCUCUCAUUCUUGUCGAAAAGAACGAACUCACCUCGGAUCACAUUAUAAUGUAACGAAAAUUACGAUUCUAUAAUAUAGAGAUAAUGCAUCAUUAUCUUUUGAAUUUAUUAGGGUCUUUUCUUUUGCUGUUUUUUCGAUACAAGCGCUGAGAGUGGUCCUGAUGAUGUAAAACUCUAUAUCUUUCCUUUCCUAUUUUUCUUCCAACCUAUUUAUUCUAGGUCUAGCCGUAUCGGCGCAUCACUAGCUGGUGCUGACACGUUUUUUUAUUUAUUUGAUCGAGAACCAGCUAUCGACAACACAUCGACUGAAGGGCAAGAAUUGAUCGAUUUUUGUGGAGAAAUAAAAUUUGAUCAAGUUAAAUUUAUCUAUCCUACUCGACCAACAUCUGUUGUUCUUAACAAAUUUCAAUUGAAUAUCAAAUCAGGUCAACGUGUAGCUCUUGUUGGUACAUCCGGAUGUGGAAAAUCAACAGUAAUUCAACUAUUGGAACGAUUCUACGAUAUUACAAAGGGUAAACUAUUUCUUGAUGGUAUUGAUAUUCGACAACUAAAUUUACAAUGGGUUCGUUCUCAAUUUGGUCUUGUUAGUCAAGAACCAAUCUUAUUCGAUUUAACAAUUGCUGAAAAUAUAACAUAUGGCUUAGAAAAUAUUUCAACUGAAGAUAUUAUUAAUGCAGCAAAGAGAGCUAAUAUUCAUCAAUUUAUUGAACAGUUACCCCAGGGUUAUGAAACAAAAGCAGGGUUGAAAGGUAGUUUUCUAUCAGGUGGUGAAAAGCAACGUAUUGCUAUUGCUCGAGUUCUUAUUCGUCGACCUAAAGUAUUGCUCUUAGAUGAAGCUACAAGUGCCAUGGAUUCAGACAAUGAACAUCUUGUACAAGAAACUCUUGAGCAAGCUCAAACAGAAGAUUCUAGUCGAACAUCAUUGAUU